UUUCCAGUAUUACCGUCCAUAGGUACGUGUCAACGUGUGGUUUUCAGGUUUUGUAAGUUUUCUAAAAUACAAAUAAUGAAAAUUUGAAUUCAUCUUUGUUUUUUAUCUGAAAUAUCAAUAUAGUAUCGUUUUCGCCUAUCGGAGUUAUCGCUAGCUAGUAUCGAAAUUGUGGUUUUAUAUCGGGUAUCGAUUAUUGGUUAUCGCCUAUAUUUGUGUCUCCAGUUAACGAAUAUCGGUUAUCACCGAUAAGGUUUUCCAUUAUCAGUUAUCGGUUAUAAGGAUUUCUGUUAUCGCGACCAGCUAUGCCCUUAGGUUAGUGAGAGUCUCUGUAAUUCUUUUGUCAUAGUAUCCGUUUCAACAACAACGUGUGGCUGGCCCUUUGCGGUUGUUGAAGCGGUUGAGUUCCGUUGUGGUCAAUCUUUGCUCAAUAUAUGUCGACCUCGCUCCCAGCCCAUCCUUCUCUUGUUUGUUAAAGCCAUAAAACCCGUGUUUUUACGUCUUACACUAUCAUUUUCGUGUGAUCUCCGUUCUGAUAACUAGAAGCUUCCUGAGUUAGUGAAAUAUUUACUUACUUGAGAGGACUUGCUAACUCGAUCGUUCCCCCAGCAGAUAAAUAUGAAGUUCCCCAUUAUCCUCACAAUGGGUCUGAUCGCCCUCCUCCCGGCUGCUCAGACUAUAUUGCUUCUAGAAACGGGUUCAGCGGUAGCCACUUCAAGCACAAUUGGUAUAACUUUGGGCUCUACUGGUGGUGGUGCUGCUGCCGCCACAUUAGGUACCGCGGCUCUGGUCGUUGGCGCACUGGUGGUAGGUGGUGUGGUGCUUGCAGGGGCCGGAAAUCGCUUUAAGCGUGACGUGUCUAACUACUGUGUGCCUGCCGGGAACCCAGACCUUUUCGUGGAUCUGGCCGCCAGAGCGGAUCAGGCGGGCUGUGGCCUGAAGCUAGUGUGUGAGCUGGAGGCCACCCCAGACGAGGCCCUCAGCAGAGACGAGUUGCUCAUACUCAAUCUCAUUGGGCGCCAUGUCAAACCCCCAACCUUCUCCCAAAUGAAGAAUGGGAGGGCAAGCUUCCAGUACGCGGCGCUGGUGGGCGAGCGGGCGGAGGGCUUGACUGAGUGCUCCCAGGUGUUUGACCAGUGCCCCUUCGACCGUGCUGCCAUCAUGGGAGCCUUUGACGCCAUGAAGUAGAGAAACAAACUAAUGCUAAUUCAACUCCUCAAUGAGUUUUCCGUUACCUGUUGAAUAAAAGCCACACAUCUCCAAUACAUCUACAAUUUUUUUUACAUAACUUUGACCCAAUAUGUUUGUGUGCGCAUUUAAAUACACGCGUUCAUGCCUACUUUUUUUGUUUGUCUAUGUGUUUGUGCGAGCAUAUGUUUGUGUUAAUGUUUUUUUUUUGUGCUUGUGUGUAUUUGUGUAAAUGUUUUAUUAUUUUGUGUUUUAUUUGUGUGUGUGUGUGUGUGUGUGUGUGUGUGUGUGUGUGUGUGUGUGUGUGUGUGUGUGUGUGUGUGUGUGUGUGUGUGUGCUUACUUUUUGUGUGUGUGUGUAAAUAUGUGUGCACGUGUGUUUACAUUCACCUGCACUGCUAGCCUUAGCCAUUAAAGCUAGAGUCACACUGACUUUACGACCUGCUAACGACCACCCGCGACCCCAAUAUGCUGCGAUUCUCACCCACCGCUCCCCGACCGUGUAGGUGGCAGAGUAUUCGUUCGACCGAACGGCUACCGGCGGUCGUUUAGUGGCCGUCCAGUGUUCAUCCAGUUGGUGGUAGGACGGCGACCAUGGUAAGCUUGACACCUUGACCUCACACCUGGAGUCAGGCCAGGACGCCCCCCAUACGACGACCGGUGACCGACAGGCAAGGAGCAGACAAAGUCUAAUUAUAACAAGUCUGUUCACUUCCUGCGAAAAUCUCGUCGGACCUGCGCAUGACGUCACGCUGCCUUCAAAGGCAGGGUCCGUUACAUGGGACCCAGUCAAUUUACAGCGAGACGGUGCUGGGCGCAUAACCUUCAAUCCCUGUCCUGUACGACAGGUUCCCCUUUGUAAGUGUCAACAACUGUAAACCUGCCUGAAUUCUUCAGUAUGGGCAUCAGUUUAUGACAUUUUGGUGCAAAUUUGAUCAUUAAAUAUGUCAAAGUCUCACUGUUACUCUUACAUAUCGUACUCCAUGUUAUUAGCCUAUCACUCUGUGCCUCAGUCACAAGCUGUGAUGUAGCCACAUAAAUGAUAAUUAUUCCACUAAUAGCAUGUAAACAGGAAAGCCUAGAAUAAAGAUUCUGA